ACAAGCGAUCCGAUGGCGGGGAUAGGGGACAAGUGGAUUAGAUUGAGAUGCAUUCUAUCGUUCUCCAUCUCUUGUUCUGUGAUCGGGCUGAAGCAGGCCCCUUUAUUUCUCAACAACGGUGAACGAUGGCCACCUUCUCACCGAAGCUCUUCAUAACUACGUUCCUUGCCAUUCUGGCUUCGAGGAUCAAUGGCAAGAUCAUCAACGUGCCACCUCAUCCAUCAGAGCAGCCGACCAAAGCAGAAAUGACACUCCGACCGGACAGUCUGGACGCCCCAAAACUCGAUCACGUCGAAGAUCAAUUCUACGAAUGGUGGUAUUUUGACGUGAUCUCCGACAAGGAUGGUCAGUACACGUCUCUCGACGUAGUGUUCUAUACUUCCACCACUACUGGCUUUGACAUCCUCGGACCCUCUGUACCCCUCGCCAAUCCAAGCGUCGACCUAAUCCAAGUCACUGUAGGCUUUGCAAAUGGCUCCGUUUAUAAUGCCUAUCUCAACGGGUCUCAAGCGACAUUCAUUAUGCACGGUGAUGGUGUCACGGGGAUUUACCCCAGUCCCCGAGCCAUGUUCAACACUGCCAGCGAUCUCUCCAGCGCUUCAGUCGUCCUUAACGCCCCUGAAGUAGGAUUCGAAGGCGUUCUACAUCUCACCUCUACUGCUCCCCCGCAUGGACCGUGCGAUGCUGCUCAUCCUGGCAUUUCGCUAGAACUGAUGCCUCAUGUCGGUUGGGUCAACGCGUUUCCCGAUGCGAUUGCACGAGCCUCCAUCACAGUCAAUGGGGAACAACUCGUUAUCGAAGGAAGAGGGUACCACGAUAAGAAUUGGGGUGACCGGGCGUUCAGUAAGAGCCUCGAUACGUGGUAUUGGGGUCAUGCGACUCUCGGCGACUACUCAAUCGUCUUCUUCGACACAUUAGACUAUGCCGGCGUUGGAAGGUCCAGUUCAUACGUGGCAAAAGAUGGAAAGAUCCUGGUCUCGCAAUGCAAAGGCGUUGUCGCGAGACCAUUCGGCAACGGUGCGACGUAUCCUCCCAGAAUGAUGGAUCCGGAACCUUUGGGCCUCCAUCUGACGAUCGACACUCCUGAUGGGCAUAUCAAUGCGACGCUCACCAAGGUCCACACUGUUCUCGGGCUGGGACUCGGUCCUUAUCAUCGAUGGUUGGAUAAGAUAGCGGGGACAGUAGGAGGAGGGGAAGAGCUCUACGGACUGGCAUCGUUCGAGCAAUUCGCUUUCUCUUCAUAGCCUCCAACCGACCGCUUGCACACUCCCAGGGUUGAUCACAUCACAUUCCUGGAUCGCAUCCCAUGCAACAACUACUAUUGAUGAUCCACGUUGAGCAACAACGGUACCCCUUGCGGCCGGACCUAAUGUUCUGCCCUUUCUAUUACGGCAUUCUGAUGGGAUAUAAGAUCCAAAAGUGGCAGCACA